UGACCGACUAAGCUGGGAUGGAGCGUGCUCGUUUAAGCGGUAGAUCCCGAGCGAGGAUUCGUUGGCGAGGGCGAGGAAGGGGGUUACGAGGUAUGAUGUUGCCAAAGUAGAGGUGUUAGUCGGGUGCGCUGGGUGAAUGGGUCGGAGGGCGCCUGCGUCACGCGUUCGUUUGUCUUUCCGCUCGCAAUCCCACCCGCUGUUUGCAACCCCCACCUCCUUCCUUCCCUGUCCUGACAAGCUGGCUCCAUACGAACCGAACCUGAACUCCGUUGACAAAGAGCCCCUCUCGCUCACGAAGAAUGCACAGAAACCUUUCUUUCCCUCUCCUCUCACGGCAGCCUUUGCAUGACAAUGCCCAGCCACCAUGCCCCUCCUUCGCCACCCGCACGUUACCUACGACCACCCAACUCACCCUCUCCGCUCCAUCUCCAUCUCCAUCGCCCUCACCUACACCACCACCCACCCAUACCACCAACAAGCUAGCCCUCUUCAUCCCCGCAAGCUAUACCCUUGGCUCCCUCCUCUUCCUCCUCUCCAGUGUCCUCGGCUGCUUGCCUACAUACUACUCCUCCUACAACCUCUCAGCACUCACACCCUCGAUGCACGCGUAUGCCCUAUGGGCAAACAUCAUGAAUCUGGCGGGAUGUCUUGUGUUUUGCGUGGGGAUUGCUGUGGAGUGGGUAUUGGGGUUGAGGGUUGCAAUGGCGGGUGCGGCGGCAGUGGGGCAUGGCAGUGAGGCGAGGACAAUGACCAAGACGGGGGGAUGCAAAGUGUGGCCGGGGGAGUCCGCGACGACGCCUAGGGUCAUGAAGUCGAGCGAACUGUCACCCCCACCUGAAGGGGUCCAUCUCCCGAGGCGCGAUUCGUGGAUCGAGGACGGCAUGGGGUCCCUGGACGCUAGAUAUAAGGAACCCACCCGCCGCGUUUCGUUGACGGGCACGACGGCGAAACGGAGGAUAUCUACAUAUGCAACAACAUCCCCACCACAAUUGCCGGCAACAUGGGCUUCCGAAGCCUCCCUCUCCGGUCUCCGAAUCAGCGCCACAUCCAGCACCGCCUCGCCCGCACCCGCCCUGGCCCCACUCCUCCCGCCCACCAUCUUCCUCGUCGGCAUCCUCCUCUUCACCCUCUCGGCCGCAUCCUCCUUCCCUCCCCUCUCCACCGCGCAAAUCUUUAUCCCCUCGAUCCUCGGCUCGAUCGCCUUCCUGGCCGGCGUGUCGGCCGCGCCGGAGUGGACGGUGGGUGGGUGGGCGUAUUGGUGCGGGUCGGUUCUGUUUGUGGUGGGUGGGUGUGCCGGGUUGUGGGAGGCGGGGAGCGCAGGGUGUGUGUGGUGUGUCGGGGGGAUGCAGGUGGUGGGGAGUGUGAUGUAUUUGGGGGGGAGUGGGUGGAUGGUUUGGGUUGCGUGUGGGCGGGGAAACAGAGAGGGUUGAGGGCAGCCCGCCACCGGUGUACCAGAGCAGGAGCAGUACAAGGGAUGAUGGUUCUGGGUGAUGCUGGGGUAUAUACGAAGGUGAAAGCGCAACGAUGCUGCAUGUAUGCAUGUACCUAUCUCUGUCGC